UGAGAAUAAAAACGAAACAAUUGUCGGAAUUUCCGGAAGGGAGAGGGGCGCCUAACAUAUGACAACAAUGAAUGUUUAUAAAUCAAUUGAAAUACUUUCUGACGACGAGGAUUUGCCAAGAGAUGUAGACGAAGCCGAGGACAUGGAUCCAAUUCGUUGUGUAACACCACAGUCAUCAGCGAAAACCGCCAACGAAAUCACCCCGAAAUCCAGGAAAUCUCUUCUCAAUAACGAUUCCUCAGGAAGUACAACAAUCAAUAUUAUGGGCACGGACUCCUCAUUCUCUCCAGCUUCUUCGGACAAAACAGCCAGCUCUUCCAGCACAGCAGUAGACAGUCGGUCCGGUCGCCACCGAGCCCGGAAGAGCCAGCAUCAGACUUUGCGGAUGAGUCCCACUGACUGUCAGUUCGAGACGGAGGGCGCACCAACGCCGUCCAAGCAGCUGCUACUUGAAAAGGACAUCGCCAUCUCGUCAAAAGAAAAAACGAAUCAGUUCUUCACCGAUUUUGUUAACAGCAACGAAAUGCAGGACCUCAUCAAAAUCAUUGCCAAUGAGCGAGUGCGCUGCAAUUUUCUCCUGGCUACCUAUCAGCUUCCGGACAUGAAUUUUGCUCUCAACACAAGUAUAAAUACACUCCGAUUCCAACUCAAGGAACGACUUAAGCAGCGCCAGGAUAGACCUAAGGUCAAUCCAAGUCCAUCAACAGCAGCAACUUCAUCUGUUUCAAAGGCAAACAACAAAGGAAUUGUUCGAGCUCGCCAGCCGCAGUAGUUAUUUAAGUUAUUUAAGAAAGAAACCUAAAUGAAAUGUAGCCAAUAACCCCAUAUUGGGUAAGUUAGAAUAAAAUUAUAACCCUGAA